AAUUUAGUGCAUGGUAUUAUGAAAAAUUACAAUGAAACGGUAUACAAUUGUUUCAAUACUUAAAAAUGUCAAACUUACUAGUAGAAAUAGCAGAAGUUGACUGAAGUGUUUUACAACAAUAAAUGCAAACCUACAAAAAAUAAGAACAUACACUGGAAUAAAUACAUUAAAAUGCUCAAAAAAAAAAAAAAAAAAAAAAGUGGACAGCCACAACUAUGAAUUGAUAUAUAUAUAUUUUUUUACUUGCUAUCCACUCGUGAGGGAUAAAUGUUGAAGUAGGUGAUUUGGUUUUCCUUUCCAGUUAAACCCAUAGCGCCAUGGGUGUAAACAAAGACCCCUUUAAGCUGUGACCCGGUGCCACGUCGAGCACCUGCAAUAUAACAGUAAAAGGACUUAAUUCAGGGUAAAGUACACACUCUCCAUAAGGACGUCGCAAACUCUGCGCUUUGAGCUUCAUAACAAGCUUUCCUGUAGAAACCGAAUGUGUAAUCUAUAUACAAUACACGAAAACAAGUUCAACAUUCAGAGCUAUUUUCUAAAGCCGGGUGAACAAGUUGGACUGACAUAAGAACGCGUUUUGUUCAAGGGAAUCACUUGUGCUGAACGGAUGAAGGACAAUUAGUGUAACAUAGAUAUAUGGACACCCACUCCAUAUGUGGACAGACAACAAUUCAUACAGAAAUACUCUAAGACCUGCAAAGGUGAGCAGCGCGUGCCGACAGAAACAAUGUCGCGUUGGGUUAAUAUUUCCGAAGUCAUACCAGUGGGUUUUCGCUCUGGCUUUGGGGUAUGCGAUUGUAUUAUUUGUUUUAAGUCUAACGAAUGUUCCCCUGUCGCGGUUAGAUGCAUCCACAGACGGUGGGUUGCGAACCGAAAACUCAAAUGUGACGCUUCUGAUCUGGUGGAGGCCCUUCGGUAACCGGGAUCCCCUGCCCGACUGUGCUGUGCGUUAUGGUAUCCAGGGCUGUACCCUUACCACGAAGAGAGGCGCGUACGACCACGCUGAUGCCGUUAUCAUACACCACCGCGAACUGAUGCGCAACUGGAGCGCGCUUCCCAGUGCUCCACGGCCUCCGCGCCAGAAGUGGAUCUGGAUGAACUUUGAGUCUCCGAGUCACUCCGGCUCUUUGAUUGGGCUAGAUGGGGUGUUUAACCUUACCAUGUCAUACCGUCGAGGCUCGGACGUCUUUCUGCCAUAUGGGUACCUGCAGCCCCGGUGGGAAGAAAGAGAUCCUACUCCACAGGUCAGUGCGCGGCACAAGCGUGGAAUUGUCGCGUGGAUAGUCAGCAACUGGAAUGAGCAACACAAAAGGGUGCGAUUUUAUCGGAAUCUCCGGCGAUAUGUACGUGUGGAUGUGUUUGGACGUGAUGCGCGUGAUUUGAUAUCUGAUAGCGUAGUGCGCACCGUAUCCCGGUAUAAAUUCUACCUGGCAUUUGAGAACUCUUUGCAUACAGAUUACAUCACGGAGAAACUGUGGAGAAACGCUCUUUUAUCAGGAGCAGUGCCAGUGGUUUUGGGACCGCCACGGGAGAAUUAUGAACUCUUUCUUCCUGCUGAUGCCUUCAUACACGUUAAAGACUUCAGCGGCCCACGGGCUCUUGCUGCGUACCUGAAACACCUGGACCGAAACCACUCCCUCUAUCAGCGUUACCUGAACUGGACGCGUCACUACAGCGUACAUGUGACGUCAUUCUGGGCGGAGCAUUAUUGUAUGGCCUGUAGAGCUGUCCAAGCCAGCAGACACCAGAACAAAUCGGUGUCUGAUAUUGCUCUUUGGUUUGAGUCUUGAUGUUUGCGGGAUUCUCUUCUUGUUUGCUUGUGUGCGCGCGCGCUUGGUAUUCGUUAUGGGAACCAAAUGUCCCCACAAGUAUAGUAAUACCAGUAAAUUUUGACCUUGUUGGGCACUCAUUUUUGGUCCCCAAACUCCCCAUGAGGAAAUACGCUUAUAAAUAAUACAGAAUGAUCUUUUUUGAAAAUGGAAAUCUAAUAUAGCAGAAAGUUUUCUGUGACGGCUAGAUUUAGGGGAUAGAAUAUACAGUUUGUACAGAAUAAAAACCAUUAUGUCUAUGGAGAGUCUUCAUAAAAUAUGGAACCCCAACGUGAGUGUGUGUGUGUGUGUGUGUGUGUGUGUGUGUCAGUAUAAUCACAUACUCUUUCACUGUUACCACUGCUACCACUGUCACAAAGUCUUACAUAUAUUGCAGGUUUAGGAAUUUUAAAUUACAUCAAUAUCAUGUAUGUAAUCUUUUCUGAUAUUAUGUAUUGUGUAGGUUUGUUCAUUCAACAGUCUUGAAUACAACCUCAUAAUUUACCUAUUCUUGAGCACACACAGAGUUCUGUUCUACGCAGAGAAACAUCAAAUCUGGGAGCAUCCUCCCUCAUGAGAACAUUUUUGUGAUUUUAACAUGUAAACGAAGCAUUCUGGUGCACUCUGACAAGAAAAUAAAUGGAAAAACAAAACAAAAUUUGCUUCAAGUAAAAAAAAUAAAUAAAUAAUAAUAAUAAUAAUUAAUUGACACUAGGGCUGGGAAUUGACACAAAUUUCACAAUUUGAUUCGAUUUUGAUUUAGAAGCUUGCGAUUUGAUGACCUUCAAUUCAAUAAUGAUUAAUUUGGGGGCUAUCAGGUACAGUACAUGGCAAAUUUCCUCAAAGAAAAAAAUAUCUCUCAACUAAUGCUGUAAAUACAGGGAACCACGGCUGUUUUUUUAUGUAGGCCUAAACAUUUAAAUGGUGGCUGUCAUAAAACAGAUUUAUACAUUCAAUAUUGAAGCACAUGUUAAGUACAAAUACAAUUAAUAUGCAAUAGCCUAUAGUGCAUAUUUAGCAAAAUGCUCCUCUCUAAUUUCAUUUUUGUAGCUGACUAAUGAGUUUUUGGACAUUGAAUGGGUUUUCUGAGGUAAAUGUUAUGGUAAAUGUGACAUUUUUACAAGCUGUUUUAUUGACGCGUUUCCACAGUUGAAACACAGAUUAAUCGAUUACAUGUCACAUGAUAUGGAUUUGUACUGUAUCUUUCAACCUGAUGAUGUUCAUUCAUGUUUAUGUCAUGUUGUAACUAAUAAAGCAGAAGAGAUGAUCGGUUCAUGUGUAGGGGUGGGACGAAAUAUCGAUAUGGCGAUAUAUCGUCGUCCUUCUCUGUGCGAUACUAGAAUCGUAACUUCAAAGCGGCGCUCAACACAUUAAUGAGGGAAACGUGAACAUAAGUUAACUAGCCUAAGAAAAAAAGGGUUUUAACAGGAUGGCAUACAGCAGUGUGAGUAAAAUAGAUGCCCCAGCCAUAUUUAAGUUCAAAGUCUUGACGCACUUUUAUACCAUUGAUGUGACAAACGUAGACCUCUUUGAUGUUCUUCACCGAGCGCUUAGAUAUACACGGGAGUGUUUGAAAGCAUAUAUUAGAGAUCCGCUGAUAGAUGCCUGCUUUUGAACGCUCCCGUGUAUAUCUGUGUAAGCGCUUGGUGAAGAACGUCAAAGCGUCUGUUUGCACCUGGUCACUUCAUGCAUUUUCUCUGAUCGGGCAGAUAUCCGAUCGUGAAAAGCUCAUUUUACAUAUUAAAAUGAGCUUUUAUCUUCAGCAUAUCAUAUAUAUCAUAUAUAUCUUAUGCAAUUUGACAAAUGUGCACUCCUGGUUAAACAUUUGGAAUAAUUUAGAUUUUUUUAAAAAUGUUUUUCUAAGAAAUCUCUUGCUCACAAAGGCUGCAUUUAUUUGAUCAAAAAUAAAUUUACGAUUGAAAAGAAAAGUUAAAAGUUAAAUUUACAAUUUAAAAGAGCUGUUUUGAUAUAUUUUAAAAUGUAAUUUAUUCAUGUGAUGGCAAAGAUGAAUUUUCAGCAACAUUACUUCAGACUUUAGAUUCACAUGAUCCUUAGUGCUUAAAGGGAUAGUUCACCCCAAAAUGAAAAUUAUCUCAUAAUUUACUAACCCUCAAGCCAUCCUAGGUGUAUAUGAUUUUUGGCCAAAAACAAUCAGAGUUAUAUUAAAAAUAUCCGGGCUCUUCUAAGCUUUAAGUCGCAACCAUCUCAGACCACUUUCAACCCAUCGUCACCAGAUCAGCACGCUCCGCCCAUUCGUUCGCUUUCCCCAGAAUUCUGAUUCACCACACCUGCACUUCUUCUCAGUUCUCACUAUAAAGACACACACAACCUCCACUCCUUUGUCUAGUCUCAUCUCUAUGUACACGAACAGACUCCUA